UUAUCUCGCGUGAGCUACCCGGCUGCUUCGUCCGACCCCGUACCCUUCCUCUCCUUCGCAUCUUUUUCCUCUUCCUUCUGUCUCCUUCGCAUCUCUCCCCGCACCGCCGCCGACUGCUUCUUCUUCGUUUCCAUCGGAUCCACGUGCUGGCUUCUUCUUCGUUUGGAUCGAUUCCCCACGGCGGCUUCUUCUUCGUCUCCCUUAUUUUUCUGGUUGGAACCCUAGGCGGAGGCCGGCGCUAGGUUUUGGAUCAAACCCUAGCCGGAGAUCGCCAUAGAUUCAGAUGUACCAGAUGGUAUUCAAGAUGCGCAAGACGAAGAUAUACAGCAGGUGGAUGCAAGGGGUCUUUGUGAUGACCAAGGCGCAAAAGAAGGAGGUGGGGUUGGCCAAGUUGAAGAACUAGAAAGGGAGGAACCAACUGAAUAUCCUUCACGAGGUCUCCGCAAUGACUCAGGUGCCCGAGUGUUCCCUAGGAAGUUAUGCAAGCCUACAUACAUUACCAGACUGUCUUUCAAGCGUUGGAAUAAAACUGUUAAGAAGUUUAGUGACAUUCAGUUAGGCCAUGUGACAAAGUACAAAAUGGAAGUUGUGCUUCAUAUGCCAAAGAAACUUAUUUUCCAAUGAAUCUGCUUGAAUGGAUAGAUCAGCAUAUGUUUGGAAGUAAAGAGCCGUGUUUCAAGCAUAAGAAUAAAGUUAUCAAGAUUACUAAUGAUAUGGUCAACAAAAUUUUCGAUUUCCCUGGUGGCACUGAGCCUUUUAUAUUCAGUAGUGACGAUCCCUAAGUGAAGGCAGAGGUUUCAGAGUUAAGGAACAAGUAUGUUGAUCAUCGGAACAAAAUGCCAAUCAACAAAAUAGAGGAGUUGAUGCUUAGUGACGAGACAGAAGAUGAUUUUAUCAGGAGCUUCACAUUUUAUUUCCUAUCAUCUAUUUUGUGCCCUGCGUCAUACUGGUAACAUGAAGUUUUUGUACUCUAAGAGAUGUUUCUGCUAUCCCUUCACUUGACUUUGGGCAACUGGCACUGGAUUUCAUGCGUGAGGAGUCAGAGCGUCACUUUGAAAUGAUCACGAACACACCAACUGUUGAGGAAAUGAACAAGUCUUCAUAUAUUGGGGGAUGUCUUCCUAUUUGGGGAAUCAUUUAUCUGGAUUUUGUUGAUUUUGAUGUUAUUGAGAAUCAUCAGUCAAAUGUGGAUUACUCUCUUCCUCGGAUAUCUCAUGUGAAGACUGAAGAUUUCAAGUAUCUUGCAAUGGUUGAUAGGAAUUAUGAGUUUAGGAAAAAUUACGGGGUUUUACCACUGCGCGGCAUAUCACGCACCCCAUAUGCCAAUGAGGCGCUUGUUAACAAUGCUCCUGAUGCUGCUGGUGUGUUUAAUUCAGUUCCUUAUGUGGAGGUCAACAAUGCCAAUAGUGUUCCUGAAGCUCUGAAUGGGAACACGUCAAUUGAUUCAAAAUGUCCUCAUAUCAUUUCAGAAGGUACCAGAUGCACUGCAAAAUUUGAACCAGGCGUAAAAGUGAAACCAGAGCCACAUUUGAAAUCAGAGGUUCCCUCCUAUGAUGUCUUUAAGCAGGAGCCAAUCGGACCGAAAUUUGAGAACAUUUCUGUCCUGAAUUCGGUGUACCAAACACCAAUUUUCCCUGUUCACGUUACACCUCUGAAUACCAACUCUGUUGAUCAAGCAACUACUUCACAACCUAAGCAUGAAGAAAUCUUUCUAUCGACUGAAGCAGUUGAUAUCAAAUUUUCUAGUGGAGUUAAUGCAAAAAGAAGUUUUAUAUUGAUUAGUUCCGCUUCUCCAAAUGAAAGAGUCGAGCGCUUCCAAGGGACUCCAAUCAUUAUUGAGGAUGAUUCUCCUAUCACACCUGCUGCUGCGACUAACGAAGACAUACCAGCCUCUCACUGUCAUACAAGUGUAGGAAUUCCAAUGAACAUGGACUUUGUUGACCAACGAGGCUAUUCUACAAUUAAUAAUGCAGAAGCUGGACCAAGUACAGGACAUAAUACAAUUGGAAAGAAGAACAGAAAAAAAGAGCAGCUAAACUUCAAUCUCCUGAUCCACCCAAGAAACUCAAAAUAUCUCGAGAAGUGGAUAUCUUCUUUUCCGAAUAUCUGAGGAAGCCUAUCUUCCAAGAAGACACACUUUUUGUUGACAUAGAGGGUUUUCCUGUAAGCUAUGAGAAUUACUUAAAUUCAUUUAAAGCGAGGGGUGAGAUUGGAGAUGAAGUGAUGAACUCAUUUAUUCAAGUUCUUAACUACGAAUCAAAGAUGUCAUCUAAAGUAAAGCCUUAUGUCAAGAAGUACUGUUUCACUUUGUACUUCACU